GACUCACCUGAGCACCUUCCGCACCUGUGCGCGCAGAGUUUGGGAGAGAGCAGCCGACCAGGAGCGACCGUCGGCCGGCGGAACUUGUACCCCGCCAUGGCGGAGUCUCAGCUGGUGUGCAUGGACGAGGAGCACGUCAACGAGAAGGUCCCGGAGACCAGACCGGAGUUCUACUACAGCGAGGAGCAGCGCGCAGCCCUGGAGCAGCUCCUGAGGAACGGGGACGGCGCCUUCAAGAUGCGCCUCAAGGAGGACAACAUCAAGGACUUCCUCUCGGCCAGGGAGAUUGGGUUCAUCCGGAAAACCUUCAAGGAGUACGACACGGACAGCGACUCUGAGUCCGGAGAGACCGAGAAGACCAAGGAGUCCCCCAGCGCGGACUCCGGGGUCCACUCCACAUACUGGCCCCAGAUGUCCGACACCGAGGUCCCGUCUCUGGACAUCGGCUGGCCCGGCAGCAGCGGCGUCUACAAGGGGGUGACCCGGGUGUCCGUGCACUCCCAUCCACCCAAAGAGCCCGGGCCGCACAUCAAGGAGGUGGUGAGGAGGCUCAUACAGGAGGCACACAAGGUGGUGGCCAUAGUCAUGGACCUCCUGACGGACCUGCAGAUCCUCCAGGACCUGCUGGAUGCCGUGUCACGGCGCGGGGUGGCUGUCUACGCUUUGCUGGAGGCUAGGGGCGUGCCACACUUCCUGGAUAUGUGCACUCGGCUGCAGAUCAAUGCAGUGCAUCUGCGGAAUCUCCGUGUGCGGAUGGUGAGAGGCUCAGGGCUGGCCCUGUCAUUUGGAAAGCUGCCCGGGUCCCUGUGCUCAAAAUACAUGCUGGUGGACGGAGAGAAAGUCAUGUUCGGGUCCUACAGCUUCACCUGGAGCUCUGCUCGGGUGGACAGGAACACGAUCACCGUGAUGUCGGGACAGAUCGUGGACUCCUUCGACACUGACUUCAGGGAGUUGUACGCUGUGUCCGAAGAGGUGGACCUCUACAGCGAGUUCAACAUCACCAAGCCGCCAAUCGCUACGCCCAUCCAGAAACCUAAAGUAGAGAAAAUCCAGCCUCUGCCCGUCUCCACAUCUCGCUUUCAAGUAUCAGUCGAGGACUCCAGACAGGUGGUGAUGAAGGUACCUGCACAUAAAUACCACAACCCUAAGUACUCUUUAGUUUUUGGGAACAGGACGGGCCUCACAGGUUCACUACAAGACCUGUCGAAGGUGAGCGACUCGCUGGUCGGCGGGCUGAACGCGAGGAACGGCCACAUCCUUCAUGCCAGCAAGAACAUCAAGGCGGACCAAGUCCCCCCACAGAGUCCCGGUUCACCUGCAGAGGACGAGGAUGGUGAUGGAAACGGGGGCUCGAAUAAGAACCAGGUCUUUGGAGCGAAGAAACACCGCAGCUCUUUCAGGAACUUUUUGAAAUCCAGAGGCACCACGGAGACUUUAGUGGAAGGCGUGGUCACUCCUCAGAGCCCCUCCCCUGCCUAUAAGGUGUCAGAGACCAAUGGCGUCGCAGGAAAUGAGGCGGAGGACUCGUUUGAGAUACUUCAGAUACCCAGUCAAAUGAAAUCCAAAACUAAGAAGCCCUCAAAGCUCCUCCAGAGGAGUAUGUCUCUGCAGACCAUCAACACCGGGGAAGAAGACGGAUCUAAAGGCCGGCGGCGGAAUCAAAAGAAGAACUGCAUCCAGUCAUGAGAUCAGAAAAGAGGGGACAGUCUGUGUCGUUAGAGUCAUAAAGAUCUCACGAGUCCCAGAAUCACCUCACUAAAAACCAGGUGACAUCACUGUUACACUUCAGGUGAAAUUCCUGAUGGGAGUGAUGUUUAUCUGAUCAUGUGAGGACAAAAAAACUCCAGAGAAUCUCAACGCGGAAGCCAAAGUGCUGAUGGAGGGAAAUUCCAUCGCUUUUUUUUGUUGUUGUUGUUGUUGUUGUUGUUGUUGUUGUUGUUUUCUAUGUUUUUUUGUAUUCAAUUAAUACAGUAAAGUGUUUUUUAUAUAUUUUAUGCUUGACCCUCAACACCACGGAGCUACCCAAGGCUGUGUCACCCAGGUAACUUGGGUGGAUUACAUCACACCUGGUUGCUACGGAGACGGGAGAAGUGAUGAGUUGUGUUGUUUGUCCCUGAGUGUCGCCUUACAGAGGACCCUCCGUAACAGAGUAAGUGUUGUACAGGCUGUGAAUAAUGUACGCUGUGCUGAGUGGAGCGGUGUUGAUGACACAGUCCUGCUUUGUUUCCUGCAGCGCUGUUUGAGGACUUUGUAUGUUUACACUUUGGGUUUAUUCAGGAGAAAACGGACAAGAGAAUAAAAUGUGAAUCCUUGAGAACCACUUGAGAUGCAAAAUAAUCCUACUUUUGUAGCAGAAAUUGCAUAAAAGACAUGAAAAUGUAGCAGAGCAAAAACUGGUUUUUUUUGUGAUUGAAUGUCAAGUAAAAAUCUGAGUAAACCAAUGUGUGGCAAGCCAAAAUAUCUAUCUAUUUUGUACGAUGUGAAACAGAAUUUUGUCAAAAAACAAAGUUGCAUUCAGGUACAUCAUCAUCAGCUCUAGAAACACGUAUAAAACACUUUGCUAUAAUUGAAGACAAAGUCCAGUUUAUGUUUUAUUGAUAAUUCCGUGAUGUUUUAACUGCUAUUCUCCUUAGUUUUAAUGCAUUCCUCUGCUUGGAUGAUUCAUUUUCUGCACAGAAGAACAAGGCCUUUGCUUUCAAUGUGUCGAAUGUGACAUUUACCCAUUAAUAUUAA